ACCAUACUGUUGUGAUUGGGAAAGACGACGUGUUCAAAGUGUCAGACCCGAGUGUUUUGUGAGCAUCUAUAAUCCUUAUUUCCCAAACACCUACCACAACCGAACGCGUUGUAAAGGGCCCGUAACACGUGUGUAUUUGAUUAAGAGGUUCACGAGUAAUAUCUGAAUUUUUGAGAGGAAAACGGACCAGGUUUUUCGAUAGUUUCUUCUUCACUGCUGAUCUCUGAGACGUUGAAAAAUGGCGACUUCAGUGCCACUGCCCACAUUUGUUGCGAACCCAGAACCAAGCGGGAAGGGCCAGAGCUCCAUCAUGGACGACUUUAUGUACGGCACCAACGUGGCGUCUUCGCACGUCUACAUCAGAAUGGCCUUCCUGAGAAAGGUGUAUGGCAUCCUGUCCAUGCAGCUGGCCCUGACCACCCUCAUGGGGGCACUCUUCAUCUACACUCCAGCCAUCAAGACAUUUGUACAAGGAAGCCCCACCCUACUGAUGGUUGCCCUGUUCCUGUCCCUGGGUAUCCUGGUGGCCUUACACGUCAAACGUACAGAGUACCCAACCAACAUGUACCUACUGGCAGCUUUUACAUUCGUGGAAGCAUACUCAGUUGGGACCUUAGUGACGUUCUAUGACCAGGCGAUUGUGCUGCAGGCGUUUGCCCUGACCCUGUCGGUGUGUGUGGGUCUGACACUCUACACCCUGCAGAGCAAGAAGGACUACAGCUCCUGGGGGGCAGGGUUGUUCUCUGCUCUGUGGAUCCUCGUCAUUGCAGGUUUCCUCCAUCUGUUCUUCCCCCGUAAUGACUUCAUGGAGAUGGGUCUGGCGGUGGGAGGGGCCCUCCUGUUCUGCCUGUUCAUCGUGUUUGACACGUCCAUGCUCAUGCACAAGCUGUCCCCUGAGGAGUACAUCCUGGCCUCCAUCAACCUGUACCUGGACAUGAUCAACCUCUUCCUGCACAUCCUCAGGAUCCUCAGCGAGGCCAACAAGAAAUAAAGGAACGUCUUAAAGGAUUGGAAUGACAGACCAGUCCCACAACUAGAUAACAAAGUUCUUUGCGAACAUUUGUUACCCUGAUGGGAUAGUCACGAAGAUAUUGGCUGGG